CUAUCAAUGUCACUGUCAGUUAAGAAACGACCAAACCAUGGCGGCAGUGCUUUUGUCAAACAGGAGAUUUGAUAAAUUAAUAAAAACCCAUGUAAAAUACACCAAAACGUUCUCAAAUAAAUCAGUGAUUCUCAACAAGCCACAGUUCAAUAUUAUUUGUAACCAAUGCGCUGCCGCAAGCUACUUCAGGUUUUAUUCUUCGCAAACACCAAGCAAUGCUGGUCAAGAUUCGGCAAAGAAUGUUUUGGCGGCGGUUUUGGCUAAUAAGCCCAAAACAGGGAAAAUUCCAGUUGAUAUAAACCUUGGAGAUGCCAAACCUGUAUCGGGGAGUGACAUGGUCAGAGGGAUGCUGGAGUAUGUAUGGCCUAAGGACAAUGCAAUGAUUAGGAACAGAGUGAUGCUAUCCCUCUCGCUCCUGUUUGGUGCGAAAGUGAUGAACGUGACAGUGCCGUUCCUGUUCAAAUACGCGGUGGAUGAGGUUAACCAGCUGACGGUGACGCCGGCUGGUGACGCGUUGUUGGGGAUGGCGACGGUGCCGCAAGCUUUGGGGACCACUGCCUUCAGCUUGUUGGUUGGAUGUGAGUAUAGUGACAGGCCGUUCCUGUUCAAAUACGCGGUGGAUGAGGUUAACCAGCUGACAGUGACGCCGGCUGGUGACGCGUUGUUGGGGAUGGCGACGGUGCCGCAAGCUUUGGGGACCACUGCCUUCAGCUUGUUGGUUGGAUGUGAGUAUAGUGACAGGCCGUUCCUGUUCAAAUACGCGGUGGAUGAGGUUAACCAGCUGACGGUGACGCCGGCUGGUGACGCGUUGUUGGGGAUGGCGACGGUGCCGCAAGCUUUGGGGACCACUGCCUUCAGCUUGUUGGUUGGAUGUGAGUAUAGUGACAGGCCGUUCCUGUUCAAAUACGCGGUGGAUGAGGUUAACCAGCUGACGGUGACGCCGGCUGGUGACGCGUUGUUGGGGAUGGCGACGGUGCCGCAAGCUUUGGGGACCACUGCCUUCAGCUUGUUGGUUGGAUGUGAGUAUAGUGACAGGCCGUUCCUGUUCAAAUACGCGGUGGAUGAGGUUAACCAGCUGACGGUGACGCCGGCUGGUGACGCGUUGUUGGGGAUGGCGACGGUGCCGCAAGCUUUGGGGACCACUGCCUUCAGCUUGUUGGUUGGAUAUGGUAUUGCCCGAGCAACAGCGGCAGGCUUCAACGAGCUAAGAAACGCUGUGUUUGCUAAAGUGGCUCAGCAUUCCAUCAGGAAACUAGCCUGCAAUGUGUUCAUGCAUAUACACAACUUGGACCUCAGCUUUCAUUUGGGCAGACAGACUGGGGCCUUGUCGAAAACAAUAGACCGCGGCUCUCGCGCCAUAAACUUCGUGCUAUCGGCCAUGGUGUUCAACAUAGUGCCCACAAUAUUCGAGCUCGCCUUGGUGUCUUCCAUACUUGGACUCAAGGGAGGAAUGGCUUUUGCAGGCGUGGCAUUCAGCUGCGUGGGUGUGUACGCGGCAUACACACUGGCGGUGACCCAGUGGCGGACUAAGUUCAGGGUGUACAUGAACAAAGCUGAAAAUGAGGCCGGCAAUAAGGCCAUCGACUCGCUCAUCAACUAUGAGACUGUUAAGUAUUUCAACAACGAGAACUACGAGCUACAGAAAUACGACGCAAGCCUGAAGAAGUAUGAGGACGCUUCUCUCAAGACUGCGUCUAGUCUGGCGUUGUUGAACUUCGGCCAACACGCCAUCUUCAGCGCUGGCCUGAGCGCCAUUAUGAUUAUGGCGGCCAAUCAAAUUGCUCAGGGCAAUAUGACAGUGGGUGACUUGGUGAUGGUGAAUGGACUGGUGUUUCAACUGUCCAUACCGCUGGGCUUCCUGGGCUCCGUGUACCGCGAAGUUAGACAGGCGCUGGUCGACAUGCAGACCAUGUUCACUCUUAUGACGGUGCAGCCGCGGGUCAAAGAAAAAGAGCAAGCGAGCAAACUUGUAGUGGAAGCGAAAACCGCUACAAUCGACUUCAAGGACGUGAGCUUCAAAUACAUCAACGGCAAGCCGAUCUUCAACAACCUCACCUUCAGCAUACCCGCGGGAAAGAAAAUUGGUAUCGUUGGAGGCUCGGGGAGCGGUAAAUCGACAAUGGUGCGUCUGUUGUUCCGUUUCUUCGAGCCGCAAUCCGGGCAGAUCACGAUCGCCGGACAAAACAUCAAGGAUCUAGACUUGGUCAGCUUGCGGAGAGCCAUUGCCAUCGUUCCACAGGACUGUGUACUGUUCCACGAUACGAUAUACCACAACCUUCACUACGGAGAUCUGUCCAAGUCGCAGGAGGAAGUGUACAAAGCGAGCAAGAUGGCUGAACUGCACGAAUCCGUUAUUACUUGGCCUAAGGGCUAUGAAACUCAAGUAGGCGAGCGUGGCCUCAAGCUAUCGGGCGGUGAAAAGCAGAGAGUGGCGAUCGCUCGAGCGAUACUGAAAGACUCGCCCAUCAUUAUAUUUGAUGAAGCUACGUCUAGCUUGGACUCGCUCACCGAACAUGCCAUUCUCCAAGCGUUAAAAGCGGCGACAAUCGGCAGAACGUCGAUAUGCAUCGCACAUCGCCUGUCCACAGUUAUGGACGCGGACGAAAUAUUAGUGCUAGAAAAUGGCGCCAUUUCUGAGAGGGGCACCCAUAACUCGCUCAUCGCUAACAAAUCAUCCUUAUACUAUAGGCUGUGGGAGAAACAGAAUAGAGAAGCGAUGCCUGGACCGUGAAGUAACACGUUGGUAUAUUGGUUACCAAUGUUGGAUCCAACAGCGAAAUCUCCAAAAUCCAACCACGAAAUCUCAUUAAGAAAUUGGCGAAAUGACGUAAUUAAGUUGUUAAAUCUUCCACCAUUGUUGAGUUAAAUGUUUGUUCCAAUAUACCCCUAAUGUUUUAAUUUGAACGUUUGUUAAAAGUGUAUUUUUAAGUCAAAACCAGGAGAAACGGGAUAGCGAACUGAUUCCCUGGACCGCGAAGUAACACGUUGGUAUAUUGGUUACCAACGUUGGAUUAAUAAUGUUUCGUCCAACGAAAAUUGUUGCGUUGUAAAGUAAUGUAAUCGUUCAAAACCUUCCACCAAUGUUGGGUCAAAUAUUUUCCCCACAACGGAAUUUCAAUCAGAAAGUGGCAAGUUAUUGAAGUAAAGUUUGCUUAAAACAUUUUACCAAUGUUAGACCCAAGAUGUGAAGGUGUGUAAGAAAAAGUAAUAAUUCGAUGAUUUUAUUGUGAGUAUGAUCUUAAUAAAGUAAAUAAUAAUUGGAACUUUCCAAAACAUGAAAACGUUUGUGAAUUUUGUGAAUCAACUGAAAUGUGUAAAUCAAAGAAUUUGUUGUAUUGUGAGAUAUUGGAUCAAAUAUUUUAUCCAAUAUACAAGUAAUUAUUAUUGUUUUAUCAAAUCAAUAGUACUGUUAUUUAUUGUAAAUGCAGAAUUACAAGUAGAUUCCAAUAGAGUGGUUUCAUGGAAGUUGAACCCUGGACUCUGAAUAUAUCUACCUCGUGUGACGUCGUACUGGAACGCUAAAUCGCUUGGUGAUACGUAAAAGUUAAAGAAAUUGUUAAAUUAAAUAUUUUUUGUUUAAAUAAGUAAAUAUUAGUAAAGUAAUAUUAAAAAUAAUAUAUUGUAAAUAACUAGAUAAUAUUUAAUGGUACUAUGUACAGUUACUGUUGAAUUAAGAAUAUUACUUUGUUUUAA